AUGAGCCCUCUCCCUCACGAUCCGUCAUUGGGUACCUGUCCAGCGUCUCCGGUGAACUCCCUAGCGGGAAAAUGGGAACAGUUGGGUGUCGGUGGUGAUGUGCUUCGCGCAAUUGUAAGAUUCGGAGUCGGCCCCCCUUCGAAAACCCAACAGAAAUCGAUCCCUAAUAUGUUGCUCGGGAAGGACCUUAUAUCGCAAUCAAAUCCUAUUCAAGAGCGAAUCCAAUCUUACAUAAUUCCAGCUCUCCAACUCAUCUCCAACGAAAUAAACGGAUCUGUGAACGUGUCAAACGGCCCACCGUCCUUGAAAGCCUCAUCCGCCGCUCCGAGCAAAUGUAACACUAGCGUCAAAGUCUUGGUAAUCACUGCCACUCUUGACGAGGCCGCACAAGCUCACCGCCUGGCCCGUGGUAUUGCUGCUCUUCUUCCUCAUCCUCCCAAGAUUGUACAUUGCGGCGCUACGCAGCCGACCGCGGACCUCACGGAACCCUUGGGCGCGGCUCAACACGCGGAACCUCAUCUUCUUAUCGGUACACCAUCAAAACUUUUGGAUCCCGUCAAUGGACUUCGCGGUUACACCUUCGAUGCCUCGUUCAUUUGCGUCAUCCUCGAUGAGAUGGAUCAACUGCUUGCGCGAAACCUCUCCGAUAUGGUGACAAGCUUAAUGGCUUUCUUGCCUUCCAACUCUCCUGUCGCACCUCAUCCCUUUGAUAUCGGACAACCAACUCCUCCAUCGAUGUCAACUAAAUCUGAUACAGAGAUCAGUAGCUCUCCGCCUACUUCGAAUGGCGCAUCCGAAGAGUGGCCUUCUACUCAACUCCGCCAGUCCCCUCAAAACUCGGCGGCCUCUUCAAUCUGCAGCAGCGACGGUAGGAUGGCCGUCUCUGGUCGCCAAACCUGUAUUUUCAGCUGUACGGUGCCUCAAGAUGUUCUCGCCUACGCCCGAUCGCUGAACUUACGUGUCAAGGUAAUCGUCCGCCGUGAAGAAAGUAAUAACUCGGCUUCUUGCAAUACUCCUUCUGCCUUGACACCGAUGACUUCCAAUUUCGAUCUUGGCGAUCCACGAACUCCCCAUCUCACUACAUUCCCAUGGACCAAUCAAUCUGGAAACGGAAAUAGCACAAGCACUCACCAACUUCUCCGACAUCUUUCCCAAUUUUAUUAUCGUGUCGACCCUCCUUCAUUCACUUCGCCCAAUCUGCGGGAGUGCAAACUUCGGUCUUUGAUCGGCUUGCUCUACGAUCAAGAGGUUAGCUCGUUGAGAGCCGGUAGAGGACAGCUUGUGAUUGUCUAUUGCAACAGUGUCGACUCGGUGGAUGUAGUCAGCUGCACAUUAGCUCAGAGUAACAUUGAUGUCAUCGCCUUACACCAAGACAUGGGUCCAGCGACCCGUCAUUCUUUGCUCGCCAAGUUUGGUAAAGCGGCGCGCGAGUCGUCCGAUGACUCCAGGGUCCAGUCUAUGAAGGUUCUGGUCGUUUACGAUGUACUCGCCAAAACAUUAGCCGACAUUUCGAAAGAUCAACCUAGCAUUGUGAUCAACUUCGAACUACCCAGAGCUGUCGAGGAUUACAUUCACAGGGCUGGCUGUAUAAUCAGCGUCAUGAGUAGCUCUCAAAAUCGCAGGCCCAGUGUAUCCGGUAGUGCCCAAGACGCUGCCUUGAUCAACCUUGUACAUGCGGGUAGUGAGAUAGACACUAUCAAAUCCAUCGAGAGCUUUUAUCGAUGCAAAAUCCAAGAGCUUCGCGGCUCUUCCAACAAUUCUUCCUAG